AUGGCUUUCUCUCGGCAUAAUAGGUUCGUCCGCAUGAGCGACCUGGAGUUAGAACAAGCCCAGGGCGGUGGGCAGACCGUGGAAUUGGAGUCGGACCAGAAUUAUAUCGGCACUAUCCAUCAGCUCGCACAAGAUGUCGAUGGCGAUAUGGCUUUCAAUGAAGAAGAAGUAUACCAUCGGUUUCAGUGGUGUAGUGCCUGACCUCGCUGACAGUUGUCACAGGACACCCCUGGCCCGCCUCUUCCUCGCCUCGUCGCCGUACCUACACUCACCUCUGCAUCAGAACAACCGGCGUACCAAGACCCUUUCACACCCAGUCGAGACUCGGGCUACCAGUAUGGCAAUGCAUACACGCCGCCGGGCACGCAAGGAUCGACGUGCAGUGGACAGCUCGAAUUUGCAGCUCGAGUCGUUCGCCCCGGUGCUCGCCAAUGGCAACAAACGCUACCUAUGACACCCUCCAGCAUGAGUCCGGCGCGGAUGCAACAAGACAUAUUCGGAGACAGUCUAGUGACUCCAGCGCAGACAAGCUCGAUCAACUCGCAAAACUGUAAUAACCCGAUUCAUCACACCCUCAGCGGGUAUCAACCUGGAAUCCAGGAACCUGCUCCUCUGCCGUGGCAUCAAAACGUAUGGUAUCAAACGAAUCCUAUGCCAAUGCCUACUGGGUAUGAUUUACCGCAGCAGCAAGAAGCUGCACCCAUCGACUUUCAUGGAAGGCAGUACCCUGGCAUCCCUUCCAAUGCAGAUAUUGGAGGGUGGAUGCCACCACCAUCACCAUUCGCAAAUGGCAGGCCGCCGAACAACGAGGCUCGCUCAAACGAGGCUCAGACGCCGACAAGAUCGAGAGGAAAUGCCCGGCCGAGAGGUUCCCGCGCUCCCUCUUUAGCUGCUCACAGUCGCGGAGGUGCCAGUCGCAGUCGCAGUCGCAGGCCAGCCAGUCGUAG